UUCUGCUUUCCUACUGCUGCCACUACUACGAGUCUAAAUUGCUUCUUUGGACUUCCAUCGUUCUCCCAACCGACGCUGCUGUUCGCCUCUUCCUCCACCACCUCGACAUGGCUGCAGAAGCUGAUGGGAGAGGCACCACAACUUUCCAGCAUAUUGCCCUCAAUGAGCGCAUACUUUCUUCUAUGAUGCGGAAGUCUGUUGCUGCUCACCCUUGGCAUGAUUUAGAAAUAGGUCCUGGAGCUCCUGCUGUUUUUAACUGUGUGGUUGAAAUUGCAAGAGGAAGUAAGGUCAAGUAUGAACUAGACAAGGCAAGUGGGCUUAUCAAGGUUGAUCGGGUUCUCUACUCUUCAGUGGUUUAUCCACACAACUAUGGUUUCAUCCCUCGAACCCUCUGUGAGGAUGGUGAUCCCAUGGAUGUACUGGUACUGAUGCAGGAGCAGGUGGUGCCUGGUUGUUUUCUGCGUGCUCGUGCUAUUGGGUUGAUGCCAAUGAUUGAUCAGGGGGAGAAGGAUGACAAGAUAAUAGCCGUUUGUGCUGAUGACCCUGAGUUUCGCCAUUACAAGGACAUCAAUGAUCUGCCACCUCAUCGUCUUGCAGAAAUCCGCCGCUUCUUUGAAGACUACAAGAAGAACGAGAACAAGGAGGUUGCAGUAAAUGACUUCCUGCCAGCUGAAGAUGCCAUCAAAGCAAUUGAAUACUCAAUGGAUCUCUAUGCUUCCUAUAUCAUUGAGAGCUUGAGGCAGUAAGACAUUACCGGAA